UCAAAAAGAAUAGAAGAACAUUUGGGUUUAUUUUCUUAGUGUUUAAUGCUCUCAAGUUCUCAACUACUCAAAGUUCUCUCUCCUUCCAACUAGUUCUAUAUGAUAAGAUGCAUUGAGUUGAACUUAAACAGAUAGCAAAAAUCAAAAGAAAAUCAAAAAGAAAAAACAAACGAGAGAUGAAUAGCUUAAAAUCUAAAAGAGUCCUUAUUGCAUCUUUCUGUCUCUUCCUCCUCCAGUCAUACGCAGUGGAAGGGAUAGUCAGAAUCGGUUUGACGAUGGGUAAUACUUCAUUCAACAAACACGGAGUGGGGAUGAAGACUUCUCACGGAGAUAUCUAUUACGGAGAAAUAACAAUUGGUACACCGGGGCAACGUUUCACAGUCGUGUUUGAUACCGGAAGCAGCGAUCUUUGGGUACCAUCUGGAAAUUGGCAGGGCAAGAAGCCUCACAAUCUUUACAAGUCGCAAAAAUCAAGUACUUACAAACCAAAUGGAACAAAUGUAACCCUCGAGUACGGGACAGGUUCUCUCACAGGCUUUCUAAGCAUUGACAGUGUCGAUGUUGGUGGAAUUACAAUAGCAGAUCAGUACUUUACAGAGGCUCGUUCUUCUCCGGAAGGUGACCCACUUCGAAACUCAUCCUUUGAUGGUAUAUUGGGACUUGGGAGUCAUCAAAUUUCUACGACAGAAACUACUCCUGUCUGGGAUUCGAUGAUGCAACAAGACAAGAUUGAUAAGAAAAUUUUCUCCAUAUGGUAUGGGAGGUCUAAUGACGUUGGAGCAGGAGGAGAGAUAAUGUUCGGAGGCACAAACCCAGCUCAUUAUACGGGAGAGCACGUUUAUGUCACCGUGGACGAGGUUGGACACUUCUUCAAAAUGAACAACAUAUUCGUCGGUACCAUAGACACUAAUAAAUGCUCUACAGGCUGCCAUGUGUUUGUUGACUCGGGCACUACAAACAUUCUUGGUCCACCGGAUAUGAUCAAGGACAUUAAUGGGAGAAUCGAUGCAGCACCAAAUUGCUCAAAUUAUGAGAAGCUGCCUGAUGUGACCUUUACAAUAGAAGGAAGGAGUUACUCAGUCAGUCCACUUGAUUAUAUACGUAAGGUUACAAAAAAUGUCUGCACAAGUAGAUUCAAGGGAUACAAGAAUAAUUUCUGGAUACUUGGGAUGCCAUUCAUACGAGCCUUUCAUACGGUGUAUGACUACGAGAAACUACCAAUUGUGAGAAUUGGCUUUGCUAAGUCGGUUUAGAUUCUUACUAGAACUAAGGCCUAAGGGUUUAUGAAUGUUUCUGAUAUGUACUGAUUGAUCAUAAUAAAAAGAACACUAUUUAAUGUCAAAUGAUCAUAUGACACUAAUUAAUGUCAAAGUAUAAUGGUCUUUUAUUAUAA